AUGGCGUUGCUCCUUUCGAGCCACUCGCCAUCCUUGUCUAGAGCCAUCGACAGGCACUUCCCGGAGCAUGGAGAUGUGAGGGUGUCGCAUUUGCCAGCCCCAAAGAUGGAAGCCCUGCGAGGGGCAUUGGUGGCAGGGCUGCAGAAGGUGCCGGUGCCCUCGCUGCAGGAGAUCCACAAAUCGUCACGUGCGCAUCCUUCGUCGAUCGUCCUGCACGGACCGGACCUAUGCCCGGAGUAUAUCGUCCAUCUGCGGGGGGAGUUGCCGGCGAAGAAGGUGGCCCGCAUGCGAGAGCUGUUGCAAGAACGCCGACACAGUCUCCGGGACAUGGCCAAGCAGUUGACGAUGCCGACCAAUCGACUCCGCUGGUACAUCAGGUACUACGAGCCGGGGGUGGUAUUGCCGCUUUCCGACGGGCGGCCGGUGCGGCAACUUACCCGGCCGGAGGGUUUGGGCCGGCUGACGCUGGGCGA